UGGAGCCUCGAUCGAUCGCGGUAAGGAGCUGCCAAUGCUGGUGAUUUUUCACUGCGAGGGCCGCGGAGUGGUCUAAUGCUGGUGAUUUGGAAGAAAUCUCAGAAUGCGGACGCUCUAGCCUCCUCGCUCUGGAGGCGAGAAUGCGGCAAUCCGUGGGUAAUCCAGCGGCGCUUCAUGGCCAGGGAGAGGAAGAGGAAGAGGAUCCGGCAAGUGAGCUUCGACGUGAUGAUCAGCCGGGAGAAGCACGUCAGGCAGGCGCUGUGGCUCAAGGAUCUCCUCGUCACGAGGCCCGGCCACACCAUCUCGAUGAUAGAUUUCCGGGAGGAGGUGAAGAAUCUGGGGAUGCGCGUGAGGAGGCUCUACUACCUCCUCGAGUACUACGACACGCUCUUCCAGACGCGGGUGGACAGAGCCAAGGUAGAGUGGAUAGAGCUCGGGGAAGAUGGCCGGAGGAUUGUGGAGCUGGAGAGGAGGCUCAUGGCCGAGUACGAGCCGUGUCUAGUGGAGAACUUGCGAAAGCUGCUGAUGAUGAGCGAGGGCGAGAAGAUCUGCCUCAAGAGGAUCGCGCUGCUGCGAGAGCCACUGGGACUUCCUCACGACUUCGAGCAGAACCUGGUACACAAGUAUCCGCAGUACUUCGACGUGGUGAUCGCCAAGGACAAGAAGUACAGGGAUUUGCAGCCGUUUCUCAAGCUCACGAGCUGGGAUCCACUGCUGGCCAUCUCUCGCCGAGAAGCCGAUGCCGAGGAGAGCGAGAGAGAUCCACACUCGUUCCGGAUGAGGUUCCCGGGGGUCAAGUUCGUGCGGGGGAGGGACGCGCAGUUCCUCAAGAGCUUCCAGAUGCUCGAGUUCCCGUCGCCGUAUGAUCCAAACCACGGCUACCCGAAGCUCUCCCGGGAGGCUGUCAAGCGCGCGGUGGCGGUGAUACACGAGUUCCUGUGCCUCACGCAGGAGUCCAAGGCGCUGGUCGACUCCAUCGCCGAGAUCCGGCGAGAGACUGGGAUUCCAAAGAAGAUUGGCGAGCUCAUUUGCCGGCACCCGGGGAUCUUCUACUUGUCGUGGAAGGGAGCGCUGGCGAGGCAUCCACAUAUGGAGGUGGUCUAUCUCAAGGAAGCUUACAGCAAGCCAUACGAGGGGGAGAGGCUGAAAGCUGCGAGGCUGCUGAGGAAAGGGCCCCUGGUGCAAGUGAAAGAAGCCAUGGCUCUCACGAUGUGGCACGCAGAUCUGGCCUACGAUAAGAGGCAUGGCACGGAUUGUUUCUUGGAGGGCCGCCAGUUCCCGAUGAUAACUUACGAUGCGUUUGAGAGUACCUUCCAGUCGGAGCUGUACAGGGAGCAGAAGAUCAAGUACGAGAACCUCUAGUUUCCCAGCAGAUGGAUGGAAGAAAGUUCGAGCAUUUGAAGAGCUGAGGGGGGAGGCGGCUUAUUCAAAACCAACGACAUGGAUGGAAAGCCUCGCAUUGGACGAGGAAUACAAGUCACUGGCAUAUGAAAUGGAAUACUAAGAGCUAUGGCUUAGAUUUACACCUUC